AGAGAGAUUAGCACGGGCAGGAGAGUUGAAGUCUUUUUUUUUUUUUUCCAUCUCCACUGGUGAGUCAGUGUAAAGGCAGAAGAUCACACAGACAUCAAGAAAUCAGCACUUCAAUCUUCCUCAGGAUGCCUGAUCCAGAUUUCUACCACAUGCCUUGGAUACAUGCUCCUAAUCAGCUUUCAAGCUUUUCUUGACCUACGCUGCUUUUCCUAAUGCUCAUCUGACCAUGGCUGUCCUCAAAGUAAAAUUCACCAAAACUAAGAGGGACAAAUUGGCUCAGAUCUUGUGGAUCCUCAACUGGGUUUCUGUAGUGAGUGGGAUCAUUCUCUUCAGUCUUGGCCUCUUUCUGAAAAUAGAGAUCAAGAAACGCAAUGAAGUGAUGGCAAAGGGGGAUGUCAACUCUGUCCCCAACAUGCUGAUCUCUGUAGGGGUCAUAGCAUGUAUCAUCAACUUUCUGGGUGGCAAAAUCUGCUAUGACUGCUCAGAUGCUAACAAGUUCUCUCGAUGGAAACUAGUUAUGCUCCCGUACAUCGUAUGUACCUUCUGUUUUACCUUCUGCAUCCUGGUGGGUGCUCUGAUGUGCUAUACCAUGAGGAACGAGCUGGAAGAGUCUCUGUAUCUGGGCCUGAGGGAUGCUAUUAAGUUCUAUAAGGACACUGACAUACCCGGGCGAUGUUUCUUAAAGAAAACAGUGGAUAUGUUACAAAUUGGAUUCCAAUGCUGUGGAAACAAUGGCUUUAGAGACUGGUUUGAAAUUCAGUGGGUAUCUGCUCGUUAUCUGAAUAUGGCUUCCAAGGAAGUUCUGGACCGUCUAAAGAGCAAUGUUGAUGGAAAGUUCUUGGUGGAUGGAGUACCCUUCAGCUGCUGCAACCCCAGCUCCCCACGGCCCUGUAUUCAGUACCAGCUGACAAACAACAGUGCUCACUACAACUAUGAUUUCCUGACAGAGGAGCUCAAUAUCUGGGUGAAGGGGUGCAGAGAGGCUCUGCUGGAUUACUACACAGCUAUUAUGCGAUCCAUUGGUGUUGCAGCAUUGCUUAUUUGGUUAUUUGAGGUCUCUGUACUUAUUGGUGUCCGGUACCUACAAACAGCAAUGAAGAAUGUCCUUCUGCUAGGAGAUCUGGAGGGUGAAUCAGAUGGUUGGUUACUGGAAAACAGCUUUGUAGAAACUGCCAAAUACAACAUCAAUAUCAUUAAGAACCUCGGCAAAGCCAACCAGAUCUCCACCGUCUCAGGCAUGAACGACCCCAAUAUUGACGUUCAAAACACAAACUGUGGGAAACCCAGUGUUACAACAAAAUCUAUCCCAGCAGCUAGCUAGGUAAGUCUUCAAAGUCUUCAUCACAAGGGUAGCUCUGACAUAUUACAGUCUUAUAGUUACCAGAUUUUUCACUGCGAGGUGGGGGAAGUAAAACUAGGAGAAUUACUAUGGUAAUUGAACAAGCCAUAGACCGGUGACAGCUCCAAAAAAUAGUGAUAUUUCUUCACUGGAUGUAUUUUCUUUACUAAUUCUUGUGAAAUGCCCAAUUUUCGGCACAGCACAAAACAAUCUUUAGGAAUUUUCCUACUGUCUCUGCCUUGCUUACAUACUUCUAUCAUGGCCUAAAUGCAUCAGAAUAAACAUUAUACAUGAGAAAAUGUUCCACAUAGGGUGGAUCUACAUCUACUAACGCACAGAUAAGUCUACUAUGUACCAAAUUUGGUCAUUACUGUCAUUACAUCUAUAGAAAACCCAGCAGCAGGGAAUAUCCCAAAAGAAAUUACUAUGCUAGAUAAAAAGAUUCUUCAAAAUAAUGCAAAAACUGUGAAAUGUAAGCUCUGUUAAAAUAGUCCCAGUUGAGUCCCAGUUGGGGAAGGGGAAAUUGUAGCCCAAAUACACAUACACUGCAGCCCUUCUUGAAAGAUCCUACUAGCUAGGUGAAAUGGAGUUGAAGGCAAUGAAAGCUAGCAUCACACAUUUCACUUUUUUUCCCUAAAACAAUCUGAAGUGUCUCUUCAGUUUUUCCCCUCAUGGUUUAAAGAAAGCCAGCUGCCAUGCAUCUCCUGAAAGUCAAUGGGAACUGCUAAAAGUUCUCUAUUCAAGAAAACAAAUUGACAGCUGAUGCUGGGAUAUUAGAAUUCCAAGUAGCAUGUGAUAGCACAGGUUUAAAACAAACAAAUGCUUCCCAUAAAACAAACAUCGAUGAUUCUAGAUGCUAAAAAGCUAAUUUUUAAAGAAUCUAUGUAAAUCCAGGGGCUGGAAUAUAAGGCAUCGUUUUGAAACAAUGAAGACAAAGACAGACUGACAGCUCCCCCACCAUGUUCCUAGCUCUGAGCCUAGGAACUUUGUUAAUGCAUGGAGUGAAACCGUUCUAUAUCCAAGGCACUUAUAGUUACAGGAUGUCCUAUGACUGUAACACAGCAUUAACAGUUGCAAGCAGGGCAAAAAUACAGAUACAGAGUAGACAACAAAACACCAAACAAAAUAUUUUACUUAUUACUGUUGUAAAUAAUACAUUGUCUGAAUAUAACUUUGGACAGGUUGUGCAUUCUUUGUAUAUAAUCAAGUAAAAGAUGUUAUCGCUUUGUACAAAUGUAACAGUAAAAAAAUCCUUUACCUGUCCAAUGUUUUCUCCCAUGACACUAGAAUAAUCAAGACUUAUAUCAAAAUACUAUGCUGUAAAUAAAGUGAUAUAAAAAUCUAUCCUAUGAUCAUAGCAGGCUAAAUGCAUUAUUGUAAUUUCAAAGGCAAUUGCUUCACUGCUUAAAAUUUUAUGUCUAUACUUAAGUAUGAUAAAAAUAAAACUGGACAGAUGGGGAAAAGAGGGUUGUCUGUCUGCAGCAGCAGAUGGUUUGCCAAAGGCAUGUGAGAAGCAAGACCAUUAGAAAAUAGUUCUUUCCCUGAACUCCUAGCCUCCGAACUGCCAAGAAAAAGCAGUUUGGGAUCUUGGUACGACUGAGAGGGUAUUUGUAUCAGUGCUUUAACAAAUGUCAGUGGACUUUCUGCCCCUCCAUAAAUUUACAUAGUACUUUAAAUGAAUUCAUGCUUAUGAUAUCCAAAACACAACGAGCUUCAAAUUUUAAUUUGUAUAAAAAACUGCUUCUCUCUUUGCUUGUUGACUCCCUGACAACAUAAUUGGGUACCCCCUAAUCCAUGCUACAAGACACAACUGAUGAUCAUUCCUUAUUUAUUCCCUCUAAGCCAUUUCUGAUUUUACAACCUUUUCCAAGUUAGAAGAAGCUGCCUCUUAAUCUUUCCUUCUACAGAAGUUGUUUCACAACUUCAAUAAUUUUCUAACUCUCCCCUAUUUAGUAUUUUUAAACAAAGAGCACUACGUGUGCAGAGUUGAAAACAUCAUGAACUAAAAAUGUUUCCCUUUUCUUUUGCUAAGAAUACCUGUCACUGCUUGCUGUUUUGACUGGUUUUGAGCAUUGAGAAAACGUUUCAAGAACUAUCCAUUAAAACGCUAAGAAAAAUCAUUGAUAAAAAUAUAAAGCCAUAUUGUGAGAUGUCAGUUUUUGCCUAGGUCCAUUAAUUUGCAUGUAGCACAACUAAAUCUUGUUAUUAUCCAGACACUAAGUUUCAUAACGGCCUACUGUAAGCACUCAAAAUUGGCUUUUUAACUGAACAACCAUGUAUUGUUGGCAGAAUUUGCCACUUUGUAAUUCACCUCCUCAACUCACUUCUGAAAAUGUUGAACAGGAAAAAAUAUGCAGAUUUCUGUAGAAUUCAGUUUUUAAGCUUCUUCCAUUUUGAAAAUACACCAUUUAAUAUUUUAUUUUGUCGCUAAACUGGUUCUUCCUUUUUAUGUCAUGACAGCUUCUUUUAGGAGUUCACUGGAGGACACUAUUCAAAGGGUUUUUAUUCAACAUUAUACUGACUGGCUCAACAUCCUCACUACGCUCACUGAUUCCUUAAAACAAUUAGAUCAGAUUUGUAAGCUGAAACUUCCCUUUGCACUGCAUUUACCUAUGUGUCUGCUUCUAUUCUUGAUUUCAAUUACUUUGUCAAGUAUGGAAAUUAAGCUUAACUGGUACAUAAGUUCUUAAACUAUUUUUGAGAACCAAAAAUACGAUUACUGCAUCGCAGUCUGUUGUGGUGGUGGUGUUGCAGAGCACAACAGUGUCCUGAGCCUUAUCAGCAGCACUAAAAUUAGCUCAUACAUACUGGAAAAGAAUGAACGUGAAAAAUUUUACUACCUUGAGAGAUCAAGGAUAAAGAGAGUUAUGUACUACAAAUUAGACUUUGCAAUAGAAUAUGAGUUUUAAAAAUGUAACUUUCUUUUUUUCAUAUGAGUACUCAAAGUGCUACACAUGUCAGUCAACAGCAAUCACUUCCUCAAAACAAUUUCAGUUUAUCUGCAUUUGGAAAACCAGUCUUCAGUUGCUCAGUAACCAGAAGGUCUAAGAAAAUCAGAAAUACCUGAGAGAAGAAAAACCCGAAUUGUAUCUACAGGAGAUUUGUUUCAUUAGGAAAAAAUUGAAUCAAGAGGAAAAAGAAAAUGCAAAUUUUAAAAAAUGCAAAAUAAACAUAAAAGAGGAAUGGUUCAGCUUGAUGAAAAAGGUUAUAAAACAGGAAAUAAGACUAUAAAUUUUUUUUUUAAAAAAAAAAGGUCGGGGGGAGAAAGAAGGAAAGCUUACUCUGUAUUUUAGAAAGUAUUUCCUCACGGCAAAACACAUUUAACUGUAGAAGCAGAUGAAACCUGACAUCCUGCAUCAUUUAAAAAGAAAAAAUAUCUCUAGGUAAUCUAUUCAGCUUGCAGAACUAUAACAGAUGCGAUUUUAUUCUUUUGGUAACUCUCUGGUGGAGGUCCCUGUAUGAUGCGUUUGUCAAGAAUAGAUUUGGAAGGAAGAGCUAACUAAAAGGAUCAUCCAGCCUGAGCAUCUCUGUAGAGACACAGAUAUUUCAUGCAGUAGUUACUGUAGCACAUUAACAUAAAGAGCAGGUGUAACCAUCUGGCUAUUUUUCCUGGCCCCCACACAACUCAUUUGCAAAGAGACCACAUUUUACCAUAAAAGAUUAGUUAAUAUUUGGCAAGUUAACCUUUGUCUAUCAGUGAGCUGCCAAAACCUGCAAUAGGGGCCAGCAGUGGGAUCACCGAGUAUCAGCACACCUUUCACAGGGAAGCGCCCUUGUCUUGACUGUUACCAGUAAUUACUUAGUCAUUAGACUGAUCAUUUCUAUUCUGUACAGGCAUUCAGAGUCCCCACUGAUCCAGAUGGGUUACAAAAAGAUGACAGCUCAUUUCACAGUAAUCAGACUAAAUUUUACUUGACUAAACAAAUGCUUUCUUCUUGGCAUUAUUAGUUUCCUCGGACACUCAAAGGGCAUCCUACAGAUCCCGCUUCCAUUACAGCACCUGGCACAAUAGUUUGUGUUUCCCGGACUAUUUAAGAUUACAGCCAUGGGACCAAGAAAACAAACUGAAGUAUCAGCACAGACCCCAUCUUUAAUUCUCCGUAAUUUAGAAAGACAAAGAUGGCAUUAGCGAGCCAAGCCUUUAAGCCAGAGCAUCUGCUCAGAUACAGAAAUAAAUACGAUUUGGGGGACACCUCUUAUCCUACUUGUUAUCACUGCUUAAUCCACUCAGAAUUAAUAACAAUACAUUUGUACAAUAGCAACUUCCAGAGUAUAGAACUCACCUAUGCAUAAAACUAUCUUCGUGAAGUUCGUCACUAAAAAUAACUGAAAUAUUUCAAUGUUCACUUUCUGGUGCAGGCAUCAUGACAGUUCCUGUAGAAACUGCAAUUACAACGCUCUUCCUUUAAAGCUUUCUGAUUACCACCGAAAACACUUGCUCUAUACAUUCAAUAUAAAAAAACAAUAACGAUCAUAUUAAGAAAUAUACAAAUACAGCACAUUUAGAGUUUUCAUAUUCAAGAAACAAACACAGCACAUUUCCCCAGAAGCUAGAAACCUCCCUUCGGCAAAGCUGUUUUUUUUUAAUGGCACGUACAAUCAAACUGCUCUUUACAACACAAGAUUUAUUAUAUUUAAAGUCUUACAAAUCAUUUGCUACAUGUAAUUUCGAUCAGUCUCCCACUAUGGGAAUGUUUGAGGCUUUGCACGCAGCAUUCUGGAGUUUAGCAAACACCCAUAAGGGCGUGAAGCUCACAGAACACAAGGGAAGUCCUUAUUUAUGAGGAGACUAUCACUUACAUGGAUCUUAUACUGCUCCUGUAUAUCAAGUAACUGAGGCAGACUGCCUGGAGUAUGUAAAUUGUAUUUCUCAAGGAAGUCCCAUGGAAGUCUGAGUUGGGAAAAUAAAUAUUCCUAGAUCAUUUCCAGUAUCAUGAGACUGAGACACAUUGGUUUUGCCACUUUUAGUAAAUGUCAGCAUGAUGCUCGGAAAGAAAACUGAGAUGAAAGAAGAUUGGAGGCUUUUUAUCAUCUCGAGUAGAUUAUUCCUUAGGUUGUCAUGGUCUGUUCAGGGUAACCUUCAGGCAGAAACUCUGGUACAUGGGGAUGACCUCUCUCCAGGCACUAGACCAUAUCCCAGUACUUGUACCCAAAGAGGCCAAUAUUACAUUUCAGGCACUAUUGAAGAGGAAGGAGACACAACAUCCUGCAGUCUGCUGAAAAAGACUAACCACAGAUCUUAACAAAUACAGCGAGGACUUGAACUGACCAUGAAAUCCACAGUCCCCACUACCUGCUUCACAACAGUUUAUUGAGGCUCACUAAAACACAAAGCCUAAAGUUAAGUCUGAUGCAUUCUAAGGUGUUCGACAAACUGUAAUUAAACAGCACAAACUGUAGUCCUUUUUUUGACAGUGCUCUCAUGAACAAUAGUCACACAGAAAUACAAAGAAAACUUGGGUCCAGUUUUAAUGUUUCCUGUUCAACUUUGUACCUGAUCUCGUCUUACCACUAUAUAUAAAACGUAUAUAAUACCUUUGCAUUUCACCACACUCUCCUUCAACGCACAUUUCCUUUACAAGUCUUCUCUUUCAUGUACAUUCAGUGUGUUUGAAAGUGUAAGUUUAGAGAAAUGUAGCUAAAAUUAGAAAAAAAAUGGGUUUGAGAGACUUGUAUAGAAGUGGAUUUUCAUUUUUAUCCACUUGUUUUCUCUAUCAAACCCCAAAUUUAGCCAACUUGCAAAACAGAGGAAAACAAAUAGAAGAAACUCUGCCACAGAAAUAAAAAAAUUAUCUUUGAUGAUCUUGUCAAGUAAUAGGUUGAAGAAACUAAGGAGCAAAUUUAGAUGUCACAGCAUGAGUCUGACUAGAUUACAAUCGUAAAUACUCAAGAAUAUUCUCUAUGUAACAAAGUUGAUUUCAACUAUAAAGCAGUGCAUAUGAUGGCCCAAAUCCUCCUGUAUAUUGUUCUGUACAUUUGUACAUUGCACGGUGAGAUUUUUCCUGCACAAGAAAUGGGGCCGUGGCUUUU